CCAAUCUCCUUCUUUAUCUCUCUCUCUCUCUGCGCCAAACCGACUCGUUCCUUUCUCUCGAAUUCCCAGAAAUAAAAGAUUUUUAUUAUUUCUAAAAGUACGAACAUAAAUUAAAAGAAAAGCAUCGAGAAAAUACCUAAAUAAAUAAAUAGAACUAAUUGGAUGGUGAUGAAAUCUUAGAAUCCAAACACACCCAGAAAACCCUAAACCAAACAACACGUUCUUCGCUCCCUCUCUGUCUCUCUCUGUCUCUCUCUCUCUCUGCCCCCCCCUCCCUUUCUCUAGAAUCAACCACUUCUCUCAUCCUUCAAUCUCAGCCGUUCGAUUGACCGUUUUCAGAUCUUGAUCUAGAACCUUCCAAGCCUCUUCCGGCUAGAUUACAUACCUUUUUGCGGCCAGAUCUGUCACACGCGCCUCGGAAUCCGAUUACGCGCUUGGUAUUACAGCUAUGGUGGAGAACGGGAGGCCUCUGAAGCGGAUGAAGAGGCGCGUGACGGCGGAUCUGCACGAUUUCCUGACGUUUCCUUCGUCGUCGGUGGACGGCGAUAACAGAUUCCCUGGCGGACCCUUCAGGACGCGCGUGAAGGAGUUUCUGACGAGGAACGCGCUGCUCCCGCCUCCCUCGUCGCUGUUUCCGCACCUGCUGACGUGGCAGAUGCUGUUCCGGGUGGGAGAUCUGACGGAUGGUCCCGAUUCGCUCCCUGCGGUGGUCUGCCUCGACAUCGUCGAAGAGGACGUGACGAGAUCCAGAUCCGUUUACUGCGAUCAGUGCCGAGUGGUUGGUUGGAGUGGCCAUCCAGUAUGUGGGAAACGUUUUCAUUUUAUCAUCAAAGCUGAUGGUAAUUCCAUUGGUGGUUAUCACAAGCCAUGCAUGUGCUGCGGAGAUGUCUUGCACUUGUCAGAAUCCAAGUGCAAGUCAUGCAACCAUGUGACAAGUACAGAUGAUGUUGAAGAUUGGGUGUUUAACCAAUUGGAGAACACAACUCAUCUUUUACAUGGUGUAGUCCAUUCAAAUGGUUAUGGCCACCUUCUUAGGAUUAAUGGUAGGGAAGGGGGCUCGAGGGUUGUUUCUGGAUAUCAUAUCAUGGACUUCUGGGAUCGCCUUUGUAAAAUACUUGGUGUCAGAAAAGUGAGUGUGAUGGAUGUGUCAAAAAAGUAUGGGUUGGAGUACCGGCUGCUUCAUGCCAUCACCGAAGGCCAUCCAUGGUACGGUGUCUGGGGUUAUGAAUUUGGUGCUGGUAGCUUUGCCCUCACUUUUGAUGCCUACAAAAUGGCUGUUGAAACCCUCUCUAGCCUUCCGUUAUCCAUCUUCCUCUCCCAGAAACUGGAACCCCAAACCCGCCUGCAGGCUAUUAUCUCACAUUACCAGUCCUUGUCGGAGCGUGAACUUGUAAAUAUAAGAGAUCUCUUUCGAUUUUUGAUGAGUUUGAUCCAUGAUGCUCACAAGUCUUCGUCAAGGGUUGAUGAUGUCACCUGCAAGAAGCGCCAAGCUUGCACUUCAGUGGUCUUGAGUUCUUGUACUGGGAGCAACAUUGAACGGGUGGAAGCAGCCUUGCUUAGAGUUCUUCUUGCAGUUUCGGGUUCUAAUUGGGUAAGUUGUCGAUCUCUUAGAGGUGCCGUAUACAAGGUGGGUCCUCCGGAGGUUAUCGAUUACUGCCUUGGGAAACUUGAAGGGAAAUUGGCAGCAGAAGGGAUGGUAAUAAAAGCUCGAUGCAAUCCUGAUUCAGGUGCUCUUGAAUACAGACUCGAGCCUGGGAGUGGUUCCAUUGGUGAAAUGACUGCUUGCAAUGAUUCUUCCGUCUUUAACUGCUCAUCUGAAGAAAAUCGUGAGCGGGAUCUCAGAUACUUGUAUGAAUCCUUGCUCCAUCCUCAAACUAUGGUAAUUAAUGGCCAUCAGGCAACAAGGGAUCUUGCAGUCAGCUCAGCAGAGAAGCUCCUUGACUGCAAGCACUUUGUGAAAGACUACAGGGUUGAAAUAGUUUCGUCAAUCACAAAUUCGUCUGUAAUAUGCCUGUCAUGCGAGGUGGAGCUCAUAGAUGAAUCUGAAGAUUCUGCCGUAAAGCCACCUCCCGAGUUAAUUAUCCUGCCCCCGAAUGCUACCGUAUCUGACCUCAAGCUCGAAUCAUCAAAAGCUUUUCAAGAGGUGUAUCUGUUGUUUAGUAGAUUUCGAGCUGAAGAGCUAUGUGGCUACGGCGGUGUAGAUGACACCACCCAGGUCAAGUUCUUGUUAGGGUCGACUGAAUCUGUUCGAGUGCGUGGAAUAUGCGUUGGGAGUAAUGGACUGAGUAGGUUUAGAAUGGAGAGGGGAGUUGAGAGGUGGACAGUGGAUUGCUGCUGCGGGGCGAAGGACGAUGAUGGGGAGAGAAUGUUGGCUUGCGAUACUUGUGGCGUGUGGCGACACACUCGGUGUUCUGGUAUCGAGGACUCGGAAUCAGUCCCUGCCAAGUUUGUUUGUCACAGAUGCAGGAGCUCCGAUCGAAAUGCCAAAGCCACCGGGCACUGCAAGGAUGAGACAGUCACCGAUGUCGGUGGCAGCAGCUGCUUUGGAAAGUGCUUGACAACUCCUUUUGAUGUUCGCUGAGGUUUUGAAUGUUUGUAAAGGUUUUCACAGUUUCCUUUAGGUGUUUUCCUCGGGCCGAAACAAAUGUGUAUAUAAAAAAACAGGCCAAAAGUAUUUUACAGUAGGGGCGGUCCAAUUGUUUUCUUAAUUCCUACCUCCUUUUGUUGGUCUUGUAUAUAUUCUACUAAUAAUGACUGAAUUUCCCAACAAAACGAGAAAACGAAAUAAACCCGAAAUGCUAGGAAAACUAAUGAGCAAUUAUUUAUUGCUGCAUCACCUGUUAUGGCACGUGUCCCAUCUAAA